AUGGGUAACGUAUGUACACCCAACGGACCCUUUCCCCUCACCCCACCGCUGAUCAGGGGCGCAAAGGCUCAGCAGAAGCGUGAUCGCAACGCCAAAGACGCGAAGCCCAAGGGCUCUCAGCUCAAGGUGAACGCCGCCGCCAAGGAUAUCCAGUGCCAGAUCUGCAAGUCCACCUUCUUGAAGACCACCAAGGCUCCCGCUCUCACCGAGCACGCCGAGAACAAGCACAGCAAGGGCCUCGCCGACUGCUUCCCCGCCUUCAACGGAGUUGUGAGGAGUUUUCAGGGACGAGCAUGGCGGCACGGCGUGAUGUUGAAGAAAUGGAGGGCGGAUUCGGUCAAGAUCUGGCCCGGGGCAUGCAGCGAAAAGGCGUCAUUUGAAAUCUUGCCCUCUUCAUUUUCGGAAAAUCAAGAAAAAAACACGAUCAAACGAGUACAAACAUACGCUUUCACAACUUGGGGCACGCAUCGCGUGCGAGCUGGAUUCUCCACGGGUACAACCGACGAGUUCAUCCAGAUAUGGGUCUGUUGA